UCUGCCUGAAUUAAGACUGUGCUGUGGGGAAAUGAGCUGCUUGUCAUUUCUCCCCAUGCCAGUUUCAUGAGCCUUACGUGAGCUCUUUCUUACAUGGUGGCUCCUAGGUCUUUGCUCAUCUUUAUAUUGACAACUCUGUCCUGUUUCAUGGCUAAAUAUGCACAUAGUUUUAUUAGGUUGAUGGUGGGUGGAUGGAUGAGUGGGUGGGUAGGUGAAAGUGGUAGGAAGGGUAUCUCUGGAAAGUGAGACAUUCAUAGGUGGAGAUCUGCAAGACGCAUAAAAGAGUAAAAUGGAGUCUCCCAAGACCUUCAUGAGACAGCUGCCCAUCACUCCAGGAUACUGCGGCUUCAUACCAUGGCUCAGUUGCCAGGAAAGCUCCAGCGAGGACCGCAUGAAUCCCUGUGUGAAAGCGUUCCAGGAGAGAACGCAGAGAUACAAGGAGGACCAGCAGGGACUAAACUGCUCUGUGGCCAACACCCCACCCCUGAAGCCCAUCUGUUCUGAGGACACAGUCCUGUGGGUGUUGCAUGAGUAUGCCAAGAAGUACCACCCCCUGACUCUGGAAUGCAAAAACGAGAAGAAACCGCUGCAGGAACCCCCUAUCCCUGGCUGGGCAGGCUACCUGCCCAGAGCCAGGGUCACUGAAUUUGGCUAUGCCACAAGGUAUACCAUCAUGGCCAAAAAGUGCUACAAGGACUUCCUGGAUUUGGUGGAGCAAGCCAAGAGGGCUCAGCUGAAGCCAUAUGAGCAAACAUACGAUGUGAGGGCUGCCGAGCCUCUUAGCCCUUCUUCAAAAAUCUUGCAGCUGCAAGGUCUCUCACGCGCAUAUCCAGCAUUCUCUGGGCCAGGUCAAACACCCCCAAGUGAGGACCCCCAAGCUCCCAGGCCCUGUGGCUGUGCUCAGUGGUCCAGCCAGUCAUGCAGCAGGAAUGUGUAUGGGGAGCCACCAUCCUUAGCAAAGGCUUUUGCCGAGAGCUAGAGCCCUGCAUCCUCCCUAGGAGAUGUAAGCCUCAAGGGAGCACAGACACCUGUUGUACUUGCAUCAAAACUAGCCCCCUCACCCUCUUUGGGCAAUGAGGUGAUUUAAUAAGAAUUCCUUAACUGCUGCCCCCAGUAAUUAGCAGUGUCUCCUAAGACAGUCUGCGGAUUCAGAGGCUACAUCUCAGCGUACUAAGCUUGUUGG